AGUUGCUUUAGGCUCCGCUGCGAGUAGCUACUUUCGCCAGGAGUCUGUAGCGUCUCGGAUGUGGAAAGUGGCACUGGGGCGGCCUCCUUCUUGUCCCCUCAGCUUGCCCACCCGAGGCCGGGUCCCCAGGUGCCGGCGGCGGCGGCUGGGCCUGUCGCGGAGCGUUCUCUUUGCCCGAGUCCUGGGCCUGGGGGAACCGAGCGGUGAGGGAGCGGCGCCCGGCCUGGCCCAGCCCCGGUCCAGCCCCGGCUUUCCCGGGGCCUGUGACGGUGGCCACAGGCCUCGCCGCGCCCAUCCCAGCCUGGGGCGGGGCGCGACCUCCCCGCCCGGGUCCCCGCCCCUCCUGCCUGCCCAGCGCCUGGUCAUUCCCGUCAGCCCAGCGGCGGCGUAACCGUCUCGCCCCUCCGGGACUCGGCAGUUCCCUGGCUCCGGCCGCUGGGGAACAUGGAGUUUGCGGAGCUGAUUAAGACGCCACGGGUGGACAAUGUGGUGCUGCACCGGCCUUUCUACCCGGCCGUCGAGGGGACCUUGUGUCUUACUGGCCACCACCUGAUCCUGUCUUCCCGGCAGGACAACACGGAGGAGCUAUGGCUCCUCCAUUCAAACAUCGACGCCAUCGACAAGCGGUUUGUGGGACCACUGGGUACCAUCAUCAUAAAAUGUAAGGAUUUUCGAAUUAUUCAGUUGGAUAUUCCUGGAAUGGAGGAAUGUUUGAAUAUAGCCAGUUCCAUUGAGGCAUUAUCUACCCUGGACUCCAUCACUCUGAUGUACCCUUUCUUUUACCGGCCCAUGUUUGAAGUGAUAGAAGAUGGCUGGCAUUCUUUCCUUCCUGAGCAAGAGUUUGAACUCUACUCUUCAGCUACCAGUGAAUGGAGGUUAAGCUAUGUCAAUAAGGAAUUUGCUGUUUGCCCCUCUUACCCACCAAUCGUCAUAGUGCCCAAAGCCAUCGAUGAUGAAGCUCUUCGGAAGGUAGCUACGUUUCGGCAUGGAGGACGCUUCCCAGUGCUCAGCUAUUAUCAUAAGAAAAAUGGAAUGGUUAUUAUGCGAAGUGGUCAGCCACUCACUGGCACAAAUGGGAGACGGUGCAAAGAAGAUGAGAAGCUGAUAAAUGCUACCCUCAGGGCAGGAAAGCGUGGCUACAUCAUUGACACCCGACCUCUAAACGUAGCUCAGCAAGCUAGAGCCAAAGGAGGUGGCUUUGAGCAAGAAGCUCAUUAUCCCCAGUGGAGGCGGAUUCAUAAGUCCAUUGAGAGGUAUCACAUUCUUCAGGAGAGCUUAAUCAAACUCGUGGAAGCUUGUAAUGACCAAACACAUAACAUGGACCGAUGGCUCAGUAGAUUGGAGGCCUCCAACUGGCUGACUCACAUCAAAGAGAUUCUGACAACUGCCUGUCUGGCAGCUCAGUGUCUCGACAGGGAAGGAGCAUCCAUACUGAUUCAUGGAACAGAAGGAACUGAUUCCACACUCCAGGUUACCUCCCUGGCCCAGAUCAUCUUGGAACCAAGAAGCAGGACCAUCCAGGGCUUUGAGGCCUUGAUAGAGAGAGAAUGGCUUCAGGCUGGUCACCCAUUCCAACAGCGCUGUGCACAGUCGGCCUAUUGUAAUAGUAAGCAGAAGUGGGAGUCGCCUGUAUUUCUUCUCUUCUUGGACUGUGUGUGGCAGAUACUUCGUCAGUUCCCUUGUUCGUUUGAAUUUAAUGAGAAUCUCCUCAUCAUGCUCUUUGAGCAUGCAUAUGCCUCACAGUUUGGAACAUUUCUGGGCAACAAUGAAAGUGAAAGAUGUAAGUUGAAGCUACAGCAGAAAACGAUGUCUCUAUGGUCCUGGGUGAACCGGCCCAGUGAACUGAGUAAGUUCGCCAACCCUCUCUUUGAAGCCAACAAUCUUGUCAUCUGGCCUUCGGUUGCUCCACAGAGUCUUCAGCUGUGGGAGGGUAUUUUUCUACGUUGGAACAGAUCCUCCAAGUAUUUGGAUGAAGCAUAUGAAGAAAUGGUUAACAUCAUUGAAUAUAACAAGGAAUUACAAGCAAAAGUAAAUAUCCUUAGGCGGCAGUUGGCAGAACUGGAGACUGAGGAUGGGAUGCAGGAGAGCCCCUGAAUUCCAGAUCCCCUGCAGCCCUUGGAGGACCGUCCAGACUGGUAUCCCAUCUCUCUCUCCCUUGCCCUUCAGUUCACUUUCACACAGUAGCCUUAAACUUAAGGCUUUAGGUGUGAGAACCUUCUAAUAUAAUGGACUCUUCAAAACUUUAUGAAUGGAACUUACUAUAAUUAUUCACGUUUCAUGUGGCCUGUUAGGCCUCUUCACUUUGGGAGCAGGAAGGAGGUGCUAGUCAUUUUAUUUUACAUGAAACAAGUGACCUAUUUAAUGCCAUUUGUGUUACACGCCAUUUCACCCUAAGCUUUUCUCUGCAUCCACUUUCCAAACAGUGCUCCAGACCAGUCAAGGAUAUGAUUAAUCUCUUAGGGAAUAUCUGUUAGUUUAAAAAAAGGCUUAGACUUUGAAGCACUCCAAAUAUAGAAAUAUUUUUCAAACCUGAAAUGGUUGGUAAACCAAGAAUUUUGUGUUUAACAUGCCGUUUCCAAUAUCUUUGCCACAUAAAUAAGCCAUUCUCUUUAAAAUAGUUUUGGACUGACAGAGCUGAAUUCAUCCUCAUUCUGAUUUGUCAAGAAAGCAAAAGCUGAAUAUUUAUUCAAGGUCAAUUAUUUUUACAAGGGCAACAGAUAUAGUCCUGAUAUUUACAUUAAGAAGAAGUAAAUUUAUUGUAACAGUAGACACUAAAGUAUGUACAAUAUAGAAAUAAAGUAGGAAUUUGUUACUGAUAAGGUAUUAUUAGUGUUGAAUUGGUUUUUCAGGGUUUUGACACACAUGUUAAAUGUGUGUCAAAUGCUGGAUGUAACCUUAAACCGUCAUUUAGAAUAGAUGUUAAUUUGUUAUGAUUAAGCUACAAAUACGGUUUCCUUAAACCAGAGAUGCACUGCCUUUGUCUGAAGUUCUUAUUGCACUGGUUUAUGUACAGAUAUGUGUUUGUGUUUUGUUUUAUUUUUAAAUAUUCUAAGAGUUUACUAAUACUAAGGUUAAAAUUUUCUUAUUGUCUUGAGCCUUUUGAAAAUUUAUCUUGACUCUGCUGAUUUGUCCAUUAUAUGUUAGGCAAAUAAUAAUUUAAGUGGAGGUGAAAGUUUAUGAACAUGAUACAGCUAUGUUUUAAACUUCAGAAGCCAAUUUGAAAUGUUUCAAUGUUACAGAAACAAUGAUGACUAUAUUUAUAUGCUAUGCUGGUUUAUGCCUGCAAUUCUAAAAGUUUGUGGUUUGGUGCUUUCCUCGUACAUUUUUGUUUUGUGGCACAGGUCGUUUUAACAGAUACUGUCAAUUCUAGUUUUCCUUUAAAAGGAUAGUUGAAGGGCAAUCAAUACUGUUUCCAUCCCAUCUGUAUAUAACCAUUUCAUUGUAAAACACAACAAAACUGAACCCUGCUUUAGGGCUAUGUAUUGAGUUAAAAUUUUAAUUCUUCAAAAUCGACUGUAGCAAAAUCUAAUGGCCACGUUCAGAAGCCUUAGAAAGUGGCAAAUACUUUCUAUCUCCAGUUGCCCAAGCUUUUUUUUUUCUGUUCCCUCAGACUUGUAGCAAAAGGCUAGACAGCAAUCCACAGCUGGAGCUCUCUUUUGGUAAAUUUGUCUGCUUUCUCCUCUAAGCCAAGCCCAGUUUUAUUCGUGACCUGUUUUCUUGGCUAUAGUUAUGAAUCUUGGGGCAUUAAAGGCCUCACCUAAAGGCUAAUAAGGCAAGGAGCAAAGAAGAUGUACUUUCUUGCUGUAGAUAUCUGUGUGUUGUGUGAAAUGUCUAUUAAUUUUUUAAAAGAGGAAACACCCUAGCAUUUUAUGGAUCCUCAAAAUUGAAGAAGGAGCCUUUUUCUCCUCAGUUAAUGGACCCAUAAGGAAAACCAUAUAGAGAUUUUUUUUUUUAGUGAUUCUUUAGAAGUGACUCUCACUGGUAAUAUUAAUUGGCCAUAAGGCUUCUGUGGGUGGAAACUUCGGAGGGAUUUUUUAUUAGGCUUGGUCAUGGAGAAAUUGUAUGCCAUCAACUUAUACCUGUCUUCCUGAUGAACAUUUUACAUGUGAGCCAGAGUACAAUAAUAGCAUAGUGUUUCAAUUUUUCUUUCUUUUAUUGAGACAGCAUUCAUAAGCUGUUUGGACAAGUGUGUGUUUUAGUGUUAAUUUAUAAUUAGGGACUGUCCAAACCUCAGUUCUGUUUACAGGGUGUAAAAACAAACUUUGGUAUCAAUGCACUUUCAAAGGGGUCAUCUAAUAAGGCAAAUACUAAGGUUUCCCCAAACCUGAGAACUCUGUCAAAGACAAGUGCUUUCUCAAUAUAAUUUGCAGAGGGUUUUUAGUAAUACUAUUAAAGUUACUCAUCCCUUGGAUAAAAAGAAUUACAGUGGAUAUACUUAUGAGAAGCUACUUAUUAAAGGUUAAGUUUGGAGAAUUGUCUUUGAUAAAUGUGGCUUUAAAAACUUUAAUGAAGAGAAUGAUGGCCGAAUUAGUGAGCAUGCAGAUUGCGCCAUUACAAGCCAAAAAUAAAGUGAGAUAUAAUCAAGUUCGUGUACAUUAUUGUGAAGGCUGGUUUACAUUUUUGGAAUGAAAAAAGUAAGCCCCGGGGCUUCCCUGGUGGCACAGUGGUUGAGAAUCUGCCUGCCAAUGCAGGGGACACGGGUUCGAGCCCUGGUCUGGGAAGAUUCCACAUGCCGCAGAGCGACUAGGCCCGUGAGCCACAAUUGCUGAGCCUGCGUGUCUGGAGCCUGUGCUCCGCAACAAGAGAGGCUGCGAUAGUGAGAGGUCCGCGCACCGCGAUGAAGAGUGGCCCCCACUUGCCGCAACUAGAGAAAGCCCUCGCACAAAGACCCAACACAGCCAUAAAUAAAAUAAAUAAAUAAAUAAAUAAUUAAUUAUUUUAAAAAUAAGCUCCACAAAGAAUAUUUUAAAAAUAUUGCUAUAGUACAGGGAUCCUUAGAUUUAAAUUAAUAAUUUUUUAAAAAUCAGAAGAACAUAGUUUGUUGGUUAUAUAAAAAUGCUGAAACGUUUUGGGUGGUCUAAGACUUUUCAGUAGCUGAAAUUUUCCAUUUUGAUUUUAUUAAAUGGGAAGAAAACAAGCAGAAAUUAUAAAACCUUAUAGGUUUAAGACACCUAUAAAUUUGUUUUAUUUCUAAGAAAAAUUAGGCCUUUGAAGCAAGUUUUUAAAUUUGGAAGACGAUAGAUAGUCAUUUAAGAUCCGUAUGGAGAAUUUUAAAACUUUUCUUUGAAUUCUAAAGCCUGAUUUUGUAGAGGUGAUAUGUCACUGCUUUUCAUUUUAAAGGAUGAAAAUUUAGUGAGAUUUUAUUCUUUGAUUCAGUCAGUAUUUAUGUUAAAUAAAAAAGUCAAUAUCAUGGAAAAGAUUUGACCAGUAAUUGUCUCUUGAAGUGAAAAAUAGGAACAUUUUGCUGCAUUUAAAAAUAAUCUGCUUAAAGAUGUAACGCUUAAAGUUAUCUGGUUUCAAGAUUAGCUGUUUUAAUUGUCAGUCUUAACUAAGUCAUCAGGUUCACUUACUAUCAGACCUUAACCUGAGACACAGUUUUGGUAUUUACCCAUAUCCAGAUAUAAUGAAUUAAAACGACAUGAGCCUAUUAGGAGCACUCUUUAUCAGAGAGGUAUUUCCUGGACAAAAACUGGGCAGUAUUUAGAACAGUUAGUCCCCUGGUUCUGGAAGCUUUGAAAUUUAUGAGAGAAUGAAGUCAUUCAUUCAGUACCUCUGAUACAGGUUUAUCCUAUACCUCAGGACAACACAGAUUAAUUAUUUCUUAUUCUUUAACAUGGCUCAGAUCUUCCCUCUCCAGAGCUGGUACAAUAAGUUAUUAUAGGUAGUAUUUUUGUGUAAUUCACCAUCUUAACAAAAAACAGUAAAAGACUGGUUUCUACAUUAAUAUUUAUUCUCAGAUGGUAUGAAAUGCUAAUUUUUGUUUUCUUGAAUAAAACGACUUCUGCCUUCACUCAGUCCUUAUCAUCUAGUGUCCACAGCAUUUUCUUCCUUUAAACCAAAAGCCCAGAAGAGACCUUCUGAAACUUUAGGGCUAGGUUUUAGAAAGUCUGAACUUCUAAUCUGAAUUCCCUUUAAAAUAAACUAAUGUCCUAUUUUUGGACUACAGUGCAGAACUGUAGUUUCUGCUUAAUUAAUGAAAAAUAACGGGGCUCACUGCAGACGCUGCAUUGUCGUGCAAGAUACUUCACGAUGAGAGCUUACUGUCUUCUGGGCCAUUCUGUUUAUCUGUGAGUAUACAGAUUAAAUAUAUUUGUGAUUUGUAAUAAAAACAAGUUGUGCAACACUGCCUGUGUCUGUCUGCCCAAGACAUUUGCUUCACUUUUUCAAAUGCAUGUAUUUUUGGAGAGGUGGAUUAUUCUACACAAAUACACCCUGAGUUUUGCUUUUUAGAAUCCUUAUAGAUCUAUUAUCAUCUACACUGAAAGUGCUGUACUUGCACAACUUAGUUAUUUUAAAAAAUAAAUUAAAAAAAAAGUAUGUAUUUCUUCAGUAGCCAUGUAUUUGAAUUGUGACUCUUGAUAUAUUUGAAUGUGACUCUUGGAUUUAAGUGCACUAUUAUUCAUGUCUUACACAAUAAAACUGCACUGUAUAGCAAAUGUGUCUGUAAUGUAUGCUUUGCUAAAACCUCAGUGCUGUAAUGUACAGGUUUCUGUAUGAUGAACCUGUCAGCAUAUAGGGGAAAUCCUGAACUUCUGUUAAGUCUGCAUAACAUUUUAAUAUUAUUUGUAAUGUUCCCUUAAGUGGUAAGUUCACUUAUGUCCUAAGACUGGAAUCAUUUAUCUUGAGUUGGCUGCUCUGUCAAGCUUGGUUUACUGAAUCAAGAAACAAACGUGUCGAACAUGGUACUGUUCUCUUAGUGUAUAAGAUUUAUGUGUCAUGUUCUCCCUCUGCCUCAGAGGACUGUUGCACAGAUGCUAGUGUUAAAUAUCUAUAGACAAUGGUAAUAAACUU